AUGCGUUUUCGCAAGAAGAAGCGCCAUGAGUUUGUCGACGACCAGAAGGAUCAGUCACCAGAGUUCGUCGGUCUACGAGACCGCAUCGUGCAUUUUACAUGGCCAUGGUUCGCAGCAACAAUGUCUACAGGAUCUCUCGCUGUUGUCUUGGGCAACACUCCAAAUAGGUUCACAGGACUACAGACGAUAGGAAAGGUUGUCUUCAUCUUCGACCUUGUUCUGUUCCUCUUGUUCAAUGCUUUGAUGGCGACACGCUUCAUUCUCGUUCCGCGCAAACUUGUUGCAUCUUUACACCACCCUGUCGAGGGACUGUUCCAUGGCACAUAUUGGGUAUCCGCGGCCCUUAUACUGAAUUGUGCAUAUAUUUACGGCAACGCGAAUACCGGACCGUGGUUCCCCAAAGCUCUUGAGGUCUGCUUUUGGGUCUACUGCAUUAUUGCGUUCAUCGUUGGCGUUUUCCAGUACUCGAUGUUCUUCCGUUUGGAGCGCCUCAGUGCAGCGGACGCCGUACCUGCGUGGAUCUUCCCCAUCUAUCCACUAUUGGUAGUGGGAACGCUGGCAGGUACCAUGCUACCCGCUCAACCGACCGGUCCCGGCUGGAAUAUCUUCGUUGGAGGAGUGCUUCUGCAGGGACUUGCUUGGGUAGUCUCGUUUCUAAUGUACGCGCUGUACAUGCAACGUUUGAUGACUAGCUCUUUGCCAACGCCAGCCACGCGACCUGGAAUGUUUGUGUCAGUGGGUCCAGCAGGUUACACUGCAGCAGGACUGAUUUCUCUCGCAAACCACGCACCCACCUUCGUCAGCGCCAACUACUGGACAGAUGGCCCCUCACACGACGGUGAUAUAGUACGCAUCUUUGGCAUCAUGUCUGGACUUUUCGUCAUCCUCUUCUCCUACUGGUUCUUCUUCAUCACUACCAUCGCGGUACUGGCUGGCGUCCGCAAGAUGUCUUUCUCCCUGAACUGGUGGGCCUUCAUUUUCCCAAACGCGGGUCUGACCCUCGCAACAAUACAAGCUGGCAAAGUCCUGCAUAGCGAGGCUAUCAACGGCCUUGCUAGUGCGUUGACCAUCUUGUUGGUCAUCAUGUGGUUCAUUACUGCAUUCUUCUGCAUUCGCGGUGUAUACCGGGGAGAGGUUCUGUGGCCUGGCAAAGAUGAAGACAAGACUAUGGAGGGGAUCGGCUGGGGUUGGCAAAGCAACAGGAACAAUCCUGAAGCAAAGAGGGUGAUUGCUCGGAAUGGCUUUAGCCGAAAUGUUUGA